AUGUUCAACACUUGGAAACAGAGCAGCGACUCGAGCCUGAACUGCCAGUACGGGACCCAAGGCGACGCUGAACUCAACAUCGGGGCCGUCCAGGGGCGACGCCGGCCGAGGCAAAGAUCUGGAGUAGCUGUGCCUGCGUCCACAUCUCCCCGCCCACGUGAAGCCAUACCUGGAGGCCAUCUCGUCAGUCCGCGGUCUUGGGAUGUCGGCGAGCUUCUCUCGGACGAUGUCGAUAGGUCCCAGAUCGAGGUCUAUCGCAAGGAGACGGAUUGGUCAGAUUUGGAAAUCACGUUUGCUUCGGCAACCGCCAUCUCGUCUGCAUCUCGCCCGGCCUCUCGCAACCCCAGCACCCAUGCCGCCAGUCCCCGAUCCGACACCCCUCUGAACUCCGCCGUCGGCAUGUUUGACUUGAUCGACCGUCCCGAGCAGAUGCCGAGGGGCGACAUGGAGGCUUUCCUGGCCCAAUCGCCCCUCGAAUACUCCAUGCGCCUCUCGGGAAGUAAUCUCUGCCCGCCCGAGGGCUCCUCCCCUCUCCUUCAUCUUCUGGCCACUUCGGAUACCACGACGCCGGCGGACGUGGUGUUGACCAAAGACGACGCAGCUCAAAGCAUGCCGCCUGUCGUCGAAAACAACAACAACAACAACAACAACACCUGCCCAUGUCCCGUCACCGCUUUGGACACGUGGGAGAUGCUCAUGACCAACAUUUCCUCCAAGGAGCCCGCCACGGAUGAUUUCGUGCGAUGCCAAAGGGCGGCCAUGUCGAGCUGCGAGGCACUCGUCCGCUGCCACGCGUGUUCCUCGCGGUCGCAAGACGUCAUGCUUCUCAUCGACAUGUGCGCAAAGCUCCUCGAAAGCCUGAAGACGCAGCAUGGGCAACUCUUCACCUGCCACCAGCAGAGUUUCAGCGAGCGCCGUCUGGCAGAGUACGGGCACGCGACAGAAGACGGGAUGGUGGACGACGGCGAGGGCGAUUUCGACAACGACGACAACGACGACAACGGCGGCGGCGACGACGACGACAACGAGGAGGAGGACCACGCCCCCAGGAGCCCGUGGAUGGCACGGAUGCGAAGGCUCGGGCGCUUGAUAGCCAGAGUCGGGGCUUUGCUAGACGGGGACGAGUGGUUGACACACAGGUGCAUCCUUCAGGGCGUGCAAGUGCGGUUCACAAGCGUCUUGUUCGACUGGCAACAUUGA